AUGGGAGGCAUCUUGGCAAGCAAUGGAGUCGGGGAAUGGUUACACGCCACGAGGAGGGAAAUGGCGUAUGCUGGACAUGAGGUUAUCAACUUCAACAUUGAAAGGGGGUUGUUUAGUAUUCAAACUACACCACAACCAUCAAAUAAGGGUCGAAAUAUUCUAACAGUUGACAUAAAGGGACGCCAAUGUACAUGUGGGAAGUGGCAGAAUCUACACUACCCUUGUUCUCACUUGUUAGCUGUCUGCAGUGCUAGGAGAUUGGGGUACAGUGGCUAUAUUGACUUUUGUUUCACAAUGCAGGAGCAUUAUGCGACAUAUACGAUGGACUUCAUUCCAAUCCUCUAUGAACAAUAUUGGACGGAUCUAGUGGCACCAACAUUAUACGGUAACCGAAAGUUGCUGAGGCAGAAAGGACGCCCCAAAAGUUUGAGACUACGUAACGAAAUGGAUGUAUGA